UGACGGCCGAGUUCACAUCCCUUCGGCAGUUUUUCGGAGAGGUUGUGAGAAGUCUCAGUGAGUUUUUCCUCUCACGAAAUCAUGUCGAGAAGUCAAAAGGCCGAUCAGGACCUCACCAAGGUACUCAACCAGCUCUGGCACCUGGAUAAAAACCGCCUGAGACCUGGGACCGAUUACAGGAUUUCCCUCCAGGGGAAGGCAGGUUAUGUGGCUCAGGGCAGUAACUUUGCCAGAGACCAGGCCAAAGCUCCACUCUUCAUAUAUGUCAAUGAAGAAAAACUCAAGAGUAUUAAGACAUAUGAAUAUUUCAUCAGCUUGCUGGACAACUAUGAGAUGUCCACAGGCGUGUCAGAGACGGUCACCUCAGAAGAGCUCAAAGAGAACAAGCUCUUUAUCGAUGCCGUCGUGGAGACGGAUGUCAUGAAGUGUGCUCACCAGUAUCUGGUCAAGAAGGGGAAGUCACCAUCAGACCCUGCGCAGUUCAAGAGACAGCUGUAUGACAUGUGGUUCCGCCUGUACCACAGGGACAGGAGCGGAGGUGAGGAUUCCUGUGGAUUUGAACAUGUGUUUGUGGGAGAAGCCAAACACGGACGGGAGAUCAUGGGUCUUCACAACUGGGUGCAGUUCUACCUUCAGGAAAAGCACGGCCAUGUGGACUAUAAAGGCUACAAAGCAAGAGAUAACAAAGACACACCUGAUGAGGACGACCACGUCCUGAACCUGCAGUUCAGUUGGAAAGGCUUGGUGAAGCCCGUCGGUAGCUCCUUCAUUGGUGUCAGUCCAGAGUUUGAGGUCGCUCUCUUCACCAUCAUCUUCCUCAUGUCGACUGAGAAGAUGACGUCUGUGGUGGUGAAAGUGGACGAGUACGUACUGGAGCUGGUCGUCUGUCGGCACGGGCAAUCCAUCGGCACGUCCUACCCCAAACUGCUCAGCAGCAACAACAGGGAUCUGUAACUUUACACCAGCCGAGAGUGUGCAAAUGUUUUUGUAUAAAUGGAAACUUUGUUUCAGUGCAGGAUAACCCUAACAUAAACCUGGAUCAAGUUCUUUUUGCACUAAGCAUGAGAGGUAUAUACCGGUUAUUGAACACAUUUUUGUCAUAUGAACUGUUACAGGUAAAAUAAAAAGUGCUUUGUUAACAAAA